AUGAUUUUAGAUGUAGGGACGGGGGGUGGAUUCCCAGGCAUUCCUUUGGCCAUUGCCUUUCCAAAUGUAAGGUUUCAUUUGGUGGAUUCCAUUGGAAAGAAAAUAAAAGUGGUGCAAGAAGUGGCUAAAGAAUUGGCAUUAUCCAAUAUAGAAGCAUUUCAUGCCCGGGCCGAAACCAUGUCUGGUCAAUACGACUUUGUGGUGAGUCGGGCGGUAACCCAAAUGGAGCAAUUUGUGCCAUGGGUCAAAGGCCAAUUCAAACCCCAAUCGGUGAAUGCCAUUUCCAAUGGAAUUAUUUAUUUAAAAGGAGGCGAUUUAACCCAAGAGCUCCAAUUGUAUCCAUCGGCCGUUGUAGAGCCGUUAUCUCAAUGGUAUGAUGCCGACUUUUUUAUGACCAAAAGCAUCGUCUAUUUGCCCAUGUUUUAA